AGAGCUAGCCACCACACUAGCUGUUAGCACAAGAUUAGCAUUAGCCCUACUAAAAAUGGAAUACUUGUAAGCUUACAAUAUAAAUUUGAUUUACACUUUCCCCUGUUGACUGGUGUUAAUUGUCCAUUUACGUUUCGCACUCAAACUUCAAAAGCUUGUGAUCCGGACUAAUGGAGACAACAGGAGUUUGUGAGAUUGAUGUGGCGACCAGAAGAAUAGUGGGAGGCAGUGACUCUGACCUGGACAGCCCAUGUCAGGAGGAGGUCGCAGAGUUUGGUUUGGGGUUGUGCUGUGCUGAGGAGGAGAGAGGGGAAACUCCAGGCAGAGAGGACAGUCCCAGCGACCUGGGGGAGACAGAGCUCGACCCCGGAGGAGACCUUAAGUUGGGAGAGGACAAGGCUUUUGGGAAGGAGGUUGUUCUUUUGAUGCAGGCCCUGAACUCCCUCGCCACUCCUGAGGAGAAACUAGCUGCUUUGUGCAAGAAAUAUGCAGACCUGUUGGAGGAGAGCCGCUGCAUGCAGAAGCGGCUGAAAGCCCUGCAGAAGAAACAGUCUCAGAUAGUAAAGGAGAAGAUCCACCUGCAAGGGGAGCACAGCAAGGCCAUCCUGGCCCGCAGCAAGCUGGAGAGCCUCUGCAGGGAGCUGCAGAGACACAACAAGACACUGAAGGAUGAAAAUGCCCAGCGGUCCAGGGAGUAUGAGGAGCAGAGGAAGGAGGCUAUGCUGCACUUCCAGAUGACCUUGAGCGAUAUCGAGGUGCAGAUGGAACAGCAUAGCUCUCACAACACCAAGCUGAGGCAGGAGAACAUGGAUUUGGCCGAGAAGCUCAAAAAGCUCAUUGAGCAGUACGAGCUCAGAGAAGAGCACAUAGACAAGGUGUUCAAGCACAAGGAGCUUCAGCAGCAGCUGAUGGACGCCAAGCUGCAGAGAAUCACAGAGAUGAUGAAGGAAGUUGAGGAUAAGCAGCAAAGAGAGAGAGACUUUCUGCUGAAAGACGCCACAGAGUCCAGACGCAAGUGUGAGCUGAUGAAAGAGCAAGAAACACAGCUUAAACAACAGCUCUCGCUGUACAUGGACAAGUUUGAGGAGUUUCAGAGCACUCUGGCUAAAAGCAACGAAGUCUUCACCACUUUCAGACAAGAGAUGGAGAAGAUGACCAAGAAGAUCAAGAAGCUGGAGAAAGAAACGACACAGUGGAGGACCAAAUGGGAGAGUAACAACCAGGCCCUGCUGCAGAUGGCCGAGGAGAAAACCCUGCGUGACGGCCACUUCAAGGCCCUGCAGGGGAAGCUGGAGCUGCUGGAGAGGCUGUGCAGAGCCCUGCAGAAGGAGAGGAACGACCUCAACAACCAGCUCAGCCUCCUCCAGGAGCAGGAAGACAAAGAGGUCGCAGCCCCUCCUAAAGCACAGCCACAGGAGCCCUUCGUCGGGGAGGAAGCUGACGAGGAGAAGGACGAGGAGAAGGACGAGGAGCAAGGCGACGGGCUGGAGACAGAGGGCAUCCACCAAGCUCACAGACCUCCUGAACUGGACUCUACACCGGCUACUACUGACAAAACCACUACUGCUGCUACGACAACCAGCCAGUCUGCAGAAACCCCCACCUCACAGCAGGACUGAGCGAGCCUACACGGCCUGUGUGUAGGUGAGAAGAGCGUGACCGGGGCCAGCCUAGUUUCAUAACUAGCCAUUAAAAGCGUCGUCAAUGGGGAUAGAUUUUUUUUCUUAUUUUAAUUCUAGACUUGACUCCAGAUUUCUCCACGGAAACUAAACCCAUAUCUUUUUUGUGCGAUAGUUAAAGAAGAAUAAAAGGAUUGUAAGGAUUCUAUUCUUAAACAUUGCCCACAUUUACAUUGGUUGUAAUAAUUGGCUUUGUGGUGAGCACUUGGUACUCCCUGUUUUCUACCAUAACUGUAUUUUCAUAGGAAAUGUCCGUGCAGUCAAACUGAAGCUGUUCAAAGUCAAAAUGGCCUUUUUAUUUCUCUCUUCACUUCUCUCUCCCUGUAGUGUCAUGUCUCAUUCGACGUUCUAGUUUGAUUAAAUUCAAAAGUAGAUGCAUCACAUUAUUGUCAAAGGUCACUCUUCAUGAAUGUGGCCUUACUGUCAGCAUGUGAUGUGAAGCUGGAAGAGGAAAUGGGGCGUAUUGAAGAAGAGCAGAGUUAAAGUUGGGCGGAUUGAACAUCAGUAGUGACCACAGGGUAUGUUUUGAUCACAUCACACUAUAUACUUAGAUAAGUUUAAGUUAGUUUCCUCAAUUAGAGCAGGAAGUGUCACAUCCUGGUGAAAUAGAUGGUGCUGGUUUGAAGUAAUCGUGACGAGUUAAUCUGCAACAUGCUAACUAGCUGGCUGUCACUUAAUCUGACAUUUUGGGCUUUUUGCAUUAAACACCAAAGAUUGAAAACUUGGACAAAAGUGAGUCUGACUUUGUAAUAUGCACAACAUGGCUCGUCACUCAAGCGAAGAAAUGGCAGCGCUACUAGCCGGCUAGCUGGGCAAAAAAUGAACAGCUUACUCGAGAGAUAUUUAUACCAUCAACUCCUGCACCACAUCUCUUCGGUGGAGCAUCUUAUCAUCCGCUAGAGCAGGGUUAUAUCAAAUAGUUUGGUGCGACAGCUUCUUCUCUUGUGUACUCUGGUUCUGUCAUUUGCAUGGCAAGCUUCAUUAAAGUUGAACUGCAAAAAACUUUGGCUUUUAUAAAUACUAUUCUGACCGGGCCCUAUGUCAAAACCAGCUUAAGCAAUAGACAGUUGUUUAAUUUCCCCUCAGCUGAAUGUGUUUGCAGGUCAGUUAUAGCUGUAGCAGUGUGUGACAUUGUUGGCUGUCUGUUGUAAACCAACGUGAUGAAGCUUCUCAGCUCCUGUAGGGCUGUUUGACCCAUAAGUCCUUUUGAAUAGAACUCUGGGAUGUGUAUCAUUAAAGCUCACUUCUGUUACCACAGGUGUCGACAAAUCAACCAUGAAGGACAUUUAAAGGACUAUAACUUUUUUUCCUGCCCCUCCCUAGGAAAUGUAAUGAGGGAUAAUAUGAGACAUUUAAACUCCAAUGAAAGAUGCUGGUCAAGAAUUAUUCUGUUGCCGUCUUGUCGCCCACUUGAGAGAAGACUAAAAUGGUGUAAAGAGAUGAGCUCAGCGAAUGUCCUUGUUUUUGUUUUUUUUUCAACUAUUCACGUCAUGUGACUUCCAUAUGGUCAGCUGCAGAGAAGCGCCAAGUCAGGUUCUGAAAUCCUUCAUCAUCUUCUGGCAAAUGAUGUUCUUUAAAAUGUGUAAACAUCUUAGUAUCUGAAUAUUUGGCCUCUGCCGCCUCGUUGACACUUUAAACAGGAAGAAGAUAGAAUGUGGUUCUAUUUUCUAAUGUUUAAGUAAAAAAUGAUUGUCAUCGGCGAUCCACAUCAAUGGGAGCUAUUCCAGGAGCUGCACUUAUUGUACACGAGUAAACUCAGUGCGUAGAAGCCUCAUGGUGAAUGUAGGAACUCUAUCCUCAGCGGGUCAAGUCAUGCUGGGAUCCUGCUUCACAUUGUGGGAAUGUCUACAAGUCGAACUAGUUGUGUUAACAUUCAAAUCCCCUCAAAGUCAAUGCACACACUUGCCUCCUCAGCCGAUUGUAUUCUUAGUCACUAAUCUUUUGAUGCACCUUUUGGCAAAUCUUUAACCUUUUGUUUCACUACCAAGGCAAUAUAAAGCAGCUGCUGUUCUGCAACAGGAGUUUUCUGCUAGUCCCCGAUAAUUGCUUCAUCUGCAUCCUUAUUUGUGUGUGGGUAUAAUCACAAGACUGAUUCAAAAUCAGCACUUUCGUCAACUUUCUUCCCCUCCGAGAUAUCACACGCGGCGUGAAAUAAUUGCUUAUUAACUCAAAGUGUUGUAGUGGUGGGGGACCGGAAUCCCACAGCCCUUACAUUUGAAUUAGUUCCAGCCAUCAGUUGAAGUGGCAUCCUUUUUGAACGUGUACAGUCAGAAUAAUGGAGGGGCUACUGACGAAUCUUCCUUAAACAUGUACUAAAGUAUCUGUUGGAUAACCCACGAGAGACGGGGUGUAAUGUCUAAGACGUUGCCUUGCAGUCAGAUUGAUUUUUACCUGUGACCUCUCCUGACCUCUACAUUUAUCCUCAGUUUGGAUUUAAAAACUAAAUUACUCUGACCACGUACAGGGUCAGAUGGCGCAUGCAUCAUUUUCUUUCGGGUAGGACAGGUAUAGUCAGAGGGAAGACUUGGCAGUCCAAUUCAAUCCAUUUCCUCUUUCUUUGGCGUUGCCCCAGAUUGACUCAGGUAAUGUCAGAAUCUACCUCUGCAGGUGAGACUAACUGUGAAAGAAGAAGCAUGAGUCACCAUAGCUUUGGAGAGCUCUAUUUUUGCGUGGGGUGAAAAGAGAUGAGCCCACACCCCCUCUUUGAUUGUACAAUGUUCUUAUAGUCCUGUCUUGCUUUUCAAUAAACAUUUUGUAGAAUUUGCAA